AGCCAAGCACAACACCGCGCUGCUAGGCGACGAUCAUCCGAUCGCACCCUCUCGGAUGCAUCCCGAACCUCCAGCCACGAUCCUGCGGCCUGCGGCAUCGUGUUCCCUGCUCACUGGAGCGAUUGCCUGAUCGGGCGCGCUAGUAGGGUGCAGUGUAGACAGCAGUCAACCAGGAUGCAUAUCAGACUGCCGCUUCGACAGCGCGAUUGAGCACUCCAGAUAAGACAAGACAAGACAAGGCUUGGACAGACGUUCAUGAAAAGAGAGGAACAAUGGCCGCGGUGCACACCCCACACACACCCCCCGCGCCACCACGCGCAGGCGAACCACACCUCGCAUCAUCCCUCCUCGGCCCUUCACCCCUGGAAUCUAUACUCGACGCGCUGACCCUCGACGAUGCGCACAUGCCCCCGGAGACCCUCAGGACGUACGUUCCCAGCCUCGACGCCGCGCUCUGCGCCACCUUCCAGGGCGGCAGCGUCGUCGCGCUCAGCGCCGAGAGCAGUGUGCGGGAUCUUGUCGCGAGAACACUUCUCGUCGAUGCGCUGCUCAGGUACCCGGCGAGCGCGAUCGCGGUCAUUGACACGGCGGGGAAUUUCGAUGUUGUGGGGCUGUAUAGGAUGGUGGUGGCGCGGUUGCAGAUGGAGCCUGAGAACGCGGGGAUGCGGGGUGGGGCGAGCGGAGUGCAAGAGGUAGCGGCGAAGACGCUGGAUCGGGUCAAGAUUUUGCGGGUUUUUGACUUUGUGGGGAUGAGGGAGGCGGUUGGAGAGUUGAGGGGUGAGCUGGAGGGGAGAGGGGCGAGGGGGGAGUGUGGUGCACUUGGAGAGCAGGAGAUGGCGUUGGAGAAUGCUCCAGCGGCCGAGGUCGUCGGGGAAGAGGUCCCCUCGCGGCGGUUGGAGAGAACGGAAGUAGCGGACAGCGAGGACGAAGAGGAAGGCCUAGAAGACUCGGACGACGAGAUGCUGUUCGACGCUCCAGCACCGCCCACAGCCCCGUCAGUACCGCAGCCAGCCUCAAAUCACGCAUCCUCUCCACCGACUCCUAGCACACAACAGUCCACGCCCUCAUCCGCACCCGCGCCCGCGACCGCGCCAGUCCUCAAAAUGAUCCUCAUCGACAACCUCGCGCACGUCCUCACGCCCCUGCUAAAACAAGACACCACCUCCGCCAACACGCUGGCAACAACCUUCCUCGUCACGCUCUCAAACCUGACACAGACCCACGCCCUCCACACCAUCCUGCUGAACCCUUGCACCACGCCACGCGCCCCUUCACCCAGCCGAAAGGCAGCCGAUACCGCCGCACUAGGGCCGCAGCAAGCGUACAGGCUCCAGCCGCCGCCACCGCCGAGCGUCUUCUCGUCGAAUAAGGCGGUGCCGGCGCUGUUGGGGCUCAUGAGCAGGUAUGCGGAUGCGCACGUGCUAGUCGGUAUGUUGCCGCGGCGGAAGAUGGACGCGAGAGUGUACUACGCAGAUACCGGGGGCAGGGAGAGGGGGAAGCGGAGGGGCGUGGAGAUGGUGGGUGUGGUCGAGGUAGUUGCGGAUCGGUGGGGUGGGAGGGUUGGCGCGUGGGGUGCUUUCAAGGAGGGAAAGGACGGGGGGAUCGAGGGCUUGUGAAGUAUCUUGAUGAUAUCUAGGUGUUGAGCUAUGAGAAGGUUGGG